AUGGAAGAUAUAUUAUUUGACUUGGAUCAAGAUGGCACUACAGACUUUGCCUUCUGGGGCCAGAUGGACCCUAACUUCCAGUUCCAGUCCCAGUUGGACACUCUCCUCUUUGACUGCACCACGGUCACGGGCCAGCUUUCGCCCUGGUCCUCGUUCGGUGGCCAGUCCAUGUUCCCGGACGCGCAGAUGACCUUCACUGACCUGGACUCGCAGUCUCCCGGCCUUGGAGCCAGUGCUGAAGUGGACAGCUCCUCGGUGGACGAGCCCCACGAGAUCAGCAAGCGCAGGCCGCGGCGGUUUGUGCCCCAUCACCCGUACAAGAUCCAGCGACACGCCGCUAACAUCCGGGAGAGGAAGAGGAUGCUGAGUAUCAAUUCUGCGUUCGAAGAGCUCCGGUGCCACGUGCCAACCUUUCCCUAUGAGAAGCGCCUGUCCAAGAUUGAUACCCUGAGAUUGGCCAUUGCUUACAUCGCCCUCCUGAGAGAAAUACUGAUUUCCGGCUGCGACCCCAAGUCGUACGUGGACGAAUGCAUGAAGAAUGGUUACAAGAAUCAAACCAAUGCCAUUUGGAACACAAGCGGUGAGCAGAUAAUACAAAUAGCCUAA